AUGAAGCCCAAGGCCAAACUGAACAAUAUUUUAGGAAGUGUGCCCUCAGCAUCCUAUGGAUUCUGUAGAAGAGAGAUAUAUUUCUUUUUUACAUUGGAACAUUGUCCAUUUUUAAACCCAUUCGUAGAGAUUCAUUACACUGCAUGCUAUGCUUUUGUUUUGGUCAGAGGCAGCUUCUCUCAGGUUCUGGUGAGAGCUAUGAUUUAUCAAGGUGUAUACAGAACUCCCUCUCUGUGGUGCAGGUUACACUCUACCUAUGUUAGAAAAAUGCGAUACUUGUUUGAGCUAAAGGAAGAUGAUGGCAUCUGUAGGCAAGCCCAGAACUCAGGAACAUUCUACCUCUUUCACAAUCUCUCUCCAUUCCUUAAGAAAGUUGGGAGCAAGUACUUGGCACCACAGAUAAGUGUAGCAGAAAUGAAAAGCAUGCUGGGGAAGUUCAAACAGAAUGAACAGAUGAUAGAGGACUCGGUGCUGAUUGGCUGUUCAGAUGAAUGCAUGGCAUACUUUGCCCUGGAUCUAGGAUCCUUGGAGAAAUCUGUCAUUGAAUCUGAAUUGAGGGGGUCAUUUACUGAAUUACGGAAGGCUUUCUUUCAACUAGAUGGGAAAGAUGCACCCUUGUUGUCCUCGGCUCAGGCCCUUCUUCGUUGGCAUGAUACCCAUCAGUACUGUAGCAAAACUGGGCAGCCUACCCAGAAGAACCUAGCUGGCAGCAAGCGUGUUUGCCAUACCAAUGGAAUAAUUUAUUACCCACAGAUGUCCCCAGUGGUUAUCACUUUGGUGUCUGAUGGGAGCCGGUGCCUUCUUGCCCGACAGGCGUCAUUCCCAAAGGGGAUGUACAGUGCUCUAGCAGGCUUCUGUGAUGUGGGUGAGACUCUGGAGGAGACAGUCCGACGGGAGGUGGCAGAAGAGGUGGGAUUGGAGGUGGAGUCUCUGUGGUAUUCUGCGUCUCAGCACUGGCCCUUUCCCAACAGCUCCCUAAUGAUAGCUUGUCAUGCCAUGGUGCAGCCACAACAGACCAAGAUCAGUGUGAACAAACUGGAGUUGGAAGCAGCUGGCUGGUUCAGCCUGGAGGAGAUAAUGGAAGCACUUGGACGGGAGCCUAAGCCUUUGAAACAAGAGGAUGGCAGCUUUUCACUUUGGCUGCCACCCAAGUGGGCUAUAGCCCACCAACUGAUUCAGGAGUGGGUUAAGCUGCAGGCUUCCUCGCCUGCUUAG